GGCUGUCGAUAAUUGGAGAGUUUUUCUUCCGGGUGUAAAUAUAAAUUCACUUUGAGUGAACAGUUAUUUGAUAUUCCAAUUAUAGUAGCAAGAAUAUUGCAAUGUUUGUUAAAAAGAGGCGUAAGAUUUCACUAGCAAUUAAUGAAGUACUUGAUGGAAUCGGAGCUUCGGACAAAGCAAGACGCAGACGACAGAUGAAAACAAAGCUAAUAGAGGCAGCAAUAAACGUCACUAUAAAAUGUAGGAACGAGCCUUUAGUUACAUAUUCGUUUGGAAGUCUUUCCGAGGGAGCUACAACAUUUGACAUGAAUUCUGAUAUUGAUCAGGUACUGUGUCCUGAAAAUUGUAUUGUCAUUCAAAAUAUGACAGACUGGGUACCAAAUAAACAUUGCUAUCUGAUGGUGGCAGAUGAAUUAUCAUUUCCUGGGUACGUUAAAUUACAGCGUUUAAAAACGGACAAGCCAGAGCCAGAUAUAUUGUUAGAUAGUCUACAUGUGAUUGACCAACAUGGGCGCAUAGUUCUUAGAAACACAUGCUUCAAAGAUCGUACUAACAUGCCUAAGUUUGACCAACAUGGUCCGGCGUUUACCUAUGACGAAGAACCAGGAUUCCAGUCGAGAGAUGUAGUAUAUGCUUUAGUAGUUCCGAAAUAUCGAAUCCAAACAGGCCUUUGGUCAAAACAAUCCAGACAACACAAUAUAUUAUCCACUAAGACAUGUCCAGCUUUAGUAGUAGCAGUUGGCCACCCAUUUAGCUCACAGACAAAACUAGAAUGGAGACUUUCGUUUUCUUUCCUUGAACAAAGAUUAAUUCACAGUUUGAAUGAUACCCAAAUGAAAUGCUAUAUUCUGUUGAAAAUGAUUAAAGGGACAUUUAUUCAGCCAGUGAUUGGAGAAUCCUUGUCCAGUUUCCACUGUAAAAACAGUUUAUUCUACCUCUCAACCGAAACAAAGAAAAGUUUUUGGCGGCGUGACAACAUUCUUUCGUGUUUAGAGCUGCUGUUAAGAAGAAUUUUGGAGUGGGUUGAAGUGGAAAACUGUCCACAUUAUUUUAAAAGGGAUGAAAAUUUAUUUAACAACAAAAUUGAAGGCUUGGUCCGUGGUAAACUUGAAUUAUUAUUACGUUGUUUGUUACGAGAUGAAGGGAAGUACCUACUUAAAAUCCCUUAUGACAAUUUUGGAGAAGCAUUGGCAAAACAGUGUUCAGGAUUGUGGAUUAAUUUAAGGCAAUACACAUCAUUUUACAACUUAACCAUUCAAAAAAAUCUUGACUGCGAGAUUUUCAACGAAUAUUACAAUAUUGCAAACGCAAUGUCAUACAGCAGAAACAGAAUAUUUAGUCAUUUGUAUCGGAGUAAGAGCACUGAAGUUUCAAUCCUACGUCAUUUUGUCGCCAUAAAACGACUUGUAAAAAUCACGGAAAAUGGCAAAGACUCGGAGAGAAAAUUUGCAGGGUGGAUGAUUCGUUUCAUUAAUACGAGCCGUUGGGCGCAAUGUGUUUCUUUGGGGAUUUCUUUCAACCUAACUAGGUUGAUCAAUCUUGCUUUAGAUCAUCUAGAGACAGAGCAUAGUCCGGAUCUGUUUUCCUCGAUUUUGAAAAGAGCUGUUAUAUAUCAUGUAACUGAUGAUGUUGAAAACGAAACAAAACUUUUAGAUUACAUCCGAGAGAAGAGUUCCAACUUUAUAUGCCAAGUUUGUCGGUGUUGGAAUUUCAAUGUAAAGGUCAAUAAGGAUCUUGCUACUUGGCUGUUGGAGGAGGAACCUUCAUUCCAGACUGUAACUGAAAAUUGUAUGGCAUUCUGUGUGAUGUUCUUACCAACAGAAAAACCACUAACAUUUGGUCCGUUGAUAUAUGAGUUCUAUCGACAUGUUGGAUCGAGUAAGCAUUUAUGUGCUGAUCUUCGUCUUGGUUUCUGGCAUGAAUGUUGCGUUAUAGACUGUCUUCCUCUAGCAUUAUUUCUGCACUAUUUGAUGAAUAAACGAAACCAAAAGUUACAAAAUGCCACAAGAAACUUGGAGAAAUUAAAAUGGGUUAUUAUGAAUUUCGAAGACUUCGGACACAGAGAAACUGCAUGCAACAUAUUGGCCUGGUGCUAUUUUAAUGAAGGGGACCAUUGGCAAGGAUUCAAAUGGUUGAAAUAUUCCCUACAAUUAAGAAGUGAGAUGAAUGCAGCAAAACUACAUCUUGCAAUCGCUUUUUUCAAAUUGUUUAUCUGUCCGAAUAUAUAUUAGACGUGUACUCGUCUUUUGUUUUAAAAUAUAUAUAUAUAUAUAUAUAUAAACAAGUCUAAAUUGAAAACAACGUUCAAACCUAUGAUUGCGUUGGAUAAAAACCGCAAUUUUUAUACGUGUGCAUGCAAAACAAAUUUCUUGUUAGAGGGGUCUAAAUACAGCACAAACAACAUUUUCCAAAAGACCAAAAGAGUGAAAAAGUAUAUUUUAACAAAACGCAUUUGACUAACAGGUCGAACAACAAAUGUUCUUAAACCCUGCUGACUGCCAUUGGCGAUUGCCAAAUAAACGGAUCACCGAUAUAUAUAUAUAUAUAUAUAUAUAUAUACAUGAAUAAAAGUAGAGGCUCCGAUGAGGCUGAAUCGUUCACCUGGUACGUACCCUAGGGAAUAUUAAGAAGUCUUAUAUUUUGCUGUUAUUCAUUUUUGUGUUCUAGAUGGUAUAGCCAAAAGUGCAGAAAUGAAUAAUGACUUCUUUGAGGAGUCAAUUGAUGAGAUUGGUUAUUAUCUUUGACCUUUGUAGAUCAUAUCUUGCUAAUAAAUUAUGCUGUCUUCA